GUUCUCUUCACGUAAACCCACUAAUUCAAAGCAGAUCAUGCCACCAAGCAUCCUCCAGAAAAUGCGUACAGCUGGGCAUGGCCUCAGACGAGUUCAGAGACAGAAAUGGAUAAACACAACACCCUCGUGUUUCCGUGCAACUUUUGUUACUUUUCCUUCUCCCUUACAGCCUAGGACGAAAGAGCUUUAUAAAGGACACAUCCCAAUUUCACCUCUUCAGCGAACUAUUCUUGCCUUUGGUUCCGCGUUUACAGCACUCUACAAUCCUUUACGAGGAGAUAUGGUUGCUGCCUUAGGGGAAACAACAGGAAGUAUAUUUUUAGCUAGAAUUCGCGAUCAGAUGUUGCAGGAUCCAGAAGGACGAAGAAUCUUGCUAGAGCGACCAAAGAUCACUUCUGAGACCAUGCAACUUGAUAAUCUGCGCCAAUUAUCCGAUGGCACGUUUGGACGGGAAUACGUACGCUUCUUGGAUGAUCAGCAAGUAUCGCCCGAUACCCGUGAACCUGUCCACUUUGUAGACUCUGAGGAGCUCGCGUAUGUAAUGCAGCGAUAUCGUGAGACACACGACUUUUAUCAUACGCUAACAGGACUUCCAGUAACCGUUGAUGGCGAGAUUGCACUCAAAUGGUUUGAGAUGGCUCAGACAGGGUUACCUAUGACAGUACUCUCCUCACUUUUCGGGCCUCUGAGGCUUACCAGCCAAGAGCGAACGAGGCUCUUUGAUGUGUACAUUCCCUGGGCACUCGAGAAUGGAAGUAAUUCCAAGUUGCUCAUGAACGUACGCUGGGAAGACUGGAUGGACCGACCAGUCGAGAAAGUCCGGCAGGAACUGGGAGUGAGACCAUGUCCUCAGGUGUAGAACGAAGCAUUUUAUGAAUAAAGCCGUCCUUCCAGAAUCAAAAAUACGUGGGU